AGUGUUCUUCUGGCGCUGUUAGCCAGUCAAGCUCCGCGCUGUUUGUUAGAGAAGAAGAAGAAGAAGAAGCGGAAGCGGCGAAACAUGACAGCAAGCUAACUUGAUAAACACCCCGCUGAGCCUUAAAAGCUUGGCGUUAAACAAUGUACCAGUCAAGAUGGGGCAAACUUUGUGCAUAUGCUCCCGUGGCUCUCUCACCAUUGAUAACAAAAAAUACUACUUUGUGCAGAAGCUAGACGAAGGUGGGUUCAGUUAUGUUGAUCUGGUAGAGGGGGCAAAGGAUGGGCGCUUCUAUGCCCUGAAGAGAAUCCUGUGCCAUGACCGUGAAGGCCGACAGGAGGCUCAGACAGAAGUGGAGAUGCAUCAGGUGUUUAAUCACCCCAACAUCUUGAGCCUGGUUGCACACGCUUUUGUUGAUCAUGGAGGCAAGAGUGAAGCCUGGCUGCUUCUGCCUUAUGUCAGAAAAGGAAGUCUGUGGUCUGUUCUGGAGAAGCUAAGAGACAAAGGGAGCUUAAUGCCUGAAAAACAGAUUUUGCAAAUCUUUCGUGGAAUCUGCUCUGGACUAAAGGCCAUUCACGAAAAAGGCUAUGCACACAGAGACUUAAAACCAACAAAUGUGCUUCUAGAUGAGGAUGACAGGCCGGUGUUGAUGGAUCUUGGCUCAAUGAAUCGUGCCAGGAUUGAGGUUAGAGGAUCCAGAGAAGCCAUGACCAUUCAGGACUGGGCAGCCCAGAGAUGCACCAUUUCCUACAGGGCUCCUGAACUCUUCAAUGUAGAGAGCCACUGUAUUAUAGAUGAGCGCACUGAUAUCUGGUCACUUGGCUGCGUGCUUUACUGCAUGAUGAUGUUGGAGGGGCCCUAUGAUCUGGUAUUUCAGAAAGGGGACAGUGUUGCCCUGGCUGUCCAGAAUCCAGUGACCAUCCCACAGUCUUGCAGUUACUCAGAGGGCUUGCAGAUGCUGCUGAGCUCCAUAAUGGUUUCAAGUCCCCAGGAGAGACCAAACAUCAGCUGGGUUCUGGACCAGGUACAGGACCUGCAGAGUCGGAGCCCAGACACCCAAACCAACAUGGUCUGAUGUUGCACGGUGCACUAGGUUUGGAGUCCUGGAGACCUUUGCACAUUCUUAUUUCCAACUUGAAACUGUUUCUUUUAUUUAUUGAUUUUAGCGUAAAAGCCUAGGUACCAGUUUUCACUCAUAUUGGGGAGCUUGGCAACAGUAUCAGCUUUUAGUUUGAAUGAUCCAUUUCAUUACAGAGCAUUGUUGUAGUCCUUAUAGAUUCACCAAAUGAUCUGAUUAAUAUGAUUUGCCUUAAGUGUAAUUUCUCCCAGAAGUAUGAUGCUUUUGGCAAGGGUCAUAUGAUGAAGUGGCUUUACCUUGUUUUGAAAAAUAUAUUUAUUCGCCGUCUCUGAGAGUUGCAUGAGAAGAUGGAUACAACUCUCAUAUCUGUUAGUUAAAUGUGAAGCAGGAGCCAGCAGCCUGUUAGUUUAGUUUACCAUUGGAACUGGAAAAUGAAGGAAACGGCAAGCUUGAAGGCAGCAAAAUAUGCCUACGAGCACUUCUGAUACUAAUUUUCAUGAUAUAUCUGGUUGGUUCAGUCAGAUUGAAUUAAAAAGAUGCAGCAUGUUAAUUAGUAAGCUUCAAAAGUUCAGACAGGUGGAUUUUUCCUUUGGACAGAGCUGGUUCAGUUUUUAUGCUAAGUUAGGCUAAGCAGCUAGCAGCAGAAGUCUUUGAAAAUGAGCGUACUUCUUGUGUAUUUGCAUUAAGAAAAACAAUUUUCGUCUUAAAGUGUAGUUUGAAUCUUUUAAUGAGAAAAGGGAUGACAUGAAAGCUUUGCCAAACUUUCCAGUGAAUGAAAGCUUCAAUACAUAUCAGACGACGUUCCCGACCAAGAAGGAGUACGGUCCAUUUCUCUCGCUCUUGUUUUAUGUUAAUUCCUCAGUUUUGUCUUUGUAACAUCUGGGUUACACGUGUGUGCUGUAAUCAACAGUGUGUACCUUCAGCUCAUCUCAGCACCCAUAUUCACACUAUUAUGCCUCAACUGAAGCAGCAGAAUGCACCUCACCUGCAGUACUGCAUUUGAACACACAAAGGUGCUCCACCAUCGCAGUCUCCUCCUCCACAUAGUCGCAUGGUGACUCACCAGGUUUGUGUAUGAAUUGAGAUUUCAUAAAACACAGCAACACAGUAUCUGCUUGCACAAAUAUCUAUAUAUUAAAGACGCGGAGAAGUUGUUACAGACCUAAACGAAAAAGAGAAAGAACAUUGAAUCAGGAGAACCUGGAGAUGUUUAUAUUUACUGCAAGUCUGAGUUAUCGUAUGUGGCAUUGCAGGUGGACCCUUUUUACUUUACUUUUCACUGUAUUGUGUUUUUAAACACUUCAGUAUUUUCCAUUCCAGCUAGGCUUGUGUUAAAUUGGGAGUUUCCUGUCAUGCGUGAAUGCCGCCUCACACUUUUGUUCUCUCAGGGGUACACUCUCAUCUCAAAGGGUCUAACGGUCUGUCUUUGUGGACCUAAGUGGUACCUUUAAAACUAUUAUUAGACAAAAGUACUAUUCUGGGCAUUUAAGUUCGAUGCUUUUGUGACUGUAACGCAGUGAUCAUAGGACCAUAUGAAACUAGAAACUGUCCUUGACGGGUGACUUGUACGGUUCAUUGUUGGAAUGGUAACUGACACGCUGUUUGGAUUUAUUAUCUUUUAAUGCAAAGUUUAGAUAUGUUAAAUGAUUAUAAACUUUUGUGUAAUCCUUAAUGGCGAGCUAAUACUGUUCUGAUUCUGCUUAUGAGAAAUUUUCUAAGUGUAUUGGUGAAGAUCCCAAAUAUUAAUAAGAAUCUGUUUUGUUUGUUUUUGUUUUUUUGGAAAAUUCUGUUGAAAUUAUGUUCUGCCUCUUAUUCACUGCACAGUAAAGGAUAAGUAAAUAUUAAAAAUGUAGCACUAUGUAUACAGUUUUUAAUAUAAUUGUGAAAUAAAAUGGCAUCUUCCACUUUAAAAUAGUCUGUUGAGAAAAGUAUGAGUCAGUACUUCAAUGGAAUUUCCUAAAUAAACGGACAACAGGGCACAUCUUAUUUGUGCAUCAUUGAUAAUUAGUAGGUACAGCUGCAUAAAAUCAAGCUAUAAAAUCUUCAUAGACAACCAUGUGCAGUAAAAUAAGUGUGUACUCAGUGGUUUUAUUUUAAUGUGGUACUGUCAGGAUUUAGUCAAAUUUCUACUCUAUUAGUGAUGGAGGAAGCUUUCAGAUCCUUUACUUAGGUAGACAUAGUAAUACUGUAAUACUACUUCCUGUUCCAAAUAAAAACCCCUGCAACUAAAAUGUCACUUCAGUUAAAGCAUGUAAAACUUAUAAGCAGACGGGGUUGAAAAUAUCAAUUAGUUCCCAACUAUGUGGAAACUAUUUUGAAAAUUGGUUUGAUCUUUUUUGCUUUUUGCUUUUUAAGAAUAAAGGGUUUAAAUUGUC